AUGUCCAGAGCCCUCUGGCGCCGCAGCUUUGCCGUGUCGAGCGCCUUACGACCGCGUCACGCGCCCGUCCGCUUUGCCCGUUGUCGCCUCAUGAGCUCAAGCGAACGCCUCAACGCCGAUGCAGCUGCCGACGCCAGUGCACCUCAAGCGCCCCCCAACGAGACGAUCUUCGACCGGAUCAUCCGGCGGGAGGUGCCCGCCCGCAUCGCGUACGAAGACGACCAGUGCCUGGCGUUCCACGACGCGCACCCGCAGGCGCCAGUGCACGUUCUGAUCAUUCCCAAGACCCGCGACGGCCUCACGCAACUCGCGCGAGCUGAAGAGCGCCACGAAGCGCUGCUCGGGCAUCUGCUGUACGCCGCGAAGCUCGUCGCCCAGCAACAGCACUUGGACAAGGGCUUUCGCAUUGUCCUUAACGACGGCGUCGACGGCUGCCAGUCGGUCUAUCAUCUGCACUUGCACCUUCUCGGGGGACGGACACUGGGCUGGCCGCCUGGAUAG